AACCCUAAGGACCUCCUGGAUUGUCCACCUGCCCGACAUCUGUCCCUUUCCUCACCGCGCGGUGCGAUGAAGCGGAAACUGAGCGACAUUUAGGAGCAGUCUAAAUGACUUCUGUGCAACAGGCAACUGGGCUGCAAACUCACUGAAGGCUGGUCGGAGGAACUGUUGCACAAAACCCCGCUGCGAUGUCUCUGCUGUGCGUUAGAGUAAAGAAAGCCAAACUCCACGGGCCCCCAGACAAAUUCAACGCCUACGUGACUUUAAAGGUGCAGAAUGUGAAAAGCACAACUAUCACAGUCCGAGGGGACCGGCCAUGUUGGGAACAAGACUUCAUGUUUGAGAUCAGUCAUCUAGAGUCCGGGCUGGUGGUGGAGCUGUGGAACAAAGGUUUGAUCUGGGACACGAUGAUCGGCACGGCGCUGAUACCCCUCAGCUCCAUUCGACAGUCUGACGAGGAGGGACCAGGAGAGUGGACGUCUUUGGACUCUGAGGUGUUAAUGAGGGAGGAUGAGAUCUGCGGCACCACCAACCCAACUCCGCACCAAGUGCUGAUGGACACUCGCUUUGAGUUGCCCUUUGACAUUCCCGAAGACGAGGCUCAGUACUGGACCAGCAAACUGGAGCGGAUACAUAAUGAGUAUCCAUCACAAGAUGAGGGCCAGAGAAGAAGAAUGCCAUCUGUGCCUUCCCAGUGCUGCAGUUGGAGUUAUUUUGGAUGGAGUGACCAACAGACUUUUGAUGACCAUGACAGUGCAGUGGACGACUGGGACAGUGAAACUGGAAACAAACCUCCACCCUUCCACAACACUUCCCAAACAAAUUCCUCAGUGCAUCAGUACCCCAUGAUGCGCAGGGUUCAACAUCAAACGCUGUCAAAGGAGUCUGACUCUGUGCAUAGCUAUGAGCUAGAAAUGAGGGGGCCCAGGAAAUCAAACAGUAAGGGUGGAGUAAAAAUAAUCCCUGUUGAUUCAGGUAUGGGCGUGGAGGACUGGGAGAGUAAAUAUAAAGUGCCUGACUCUGGUGUCUUGGAUGAUUACUUGGAUGCUGAGCAGAAAAUGUGGGAGGAUGAGGACAAAAGCAUCAUCUAUAAAAUUAGUGACAGUCCAUCCGAGUCCAGAGUCAGCAGAUUCUAUCAGACAGUGGAAUGUGAUGCACUUUUCCCAGAGGACUUGCUGGAGCCGGAUGGCAGGACACACAGACGGAGGCGUGCCUUCGGCAGUGGAGAAGUGCGGUUAGUCUACAAGGAAGCCGGCAGCUUUGAGGAUGAAUCGUCACCUCCUGAAAUUGAUAUAAUACCCUCUGCUAAACAGCUACGACAGCUGUCAGAUAGAGAGAGUCUACUUUUCAAAACUAGACUGUGGGCCAAAACUGCUUUAGAAGACACACUUGAGAACUAUGCAGCUUUUCGUGAGGAGGAAGCUGCUCGGGAAGAGGCUGAAAGGAUCAGGGAGAGAGGGGAAUAUAACUCAGUUGGUUCAGAUGAGAUGCAGUAUUCCUUUGGCUCUGAGGAGGAAUUAGAUGACCUGACAUUCACUGAGGGAGAUACUUGCUAUGAAUAUGAAAGUUAUUACUACCCUGGCAAGUAUAUGCCACCUUAUGGAGAAGACUUUUCAAGUAAAGGGAGAUCAAGUCAUGGACAAGAUCCUAUGUUGUCGCCGGUGAAGGAACCAGGUGAAGAACAUAUAGAUCCAAUGGAUGAACUAAAGAGUUUAGUUCACUCAGUGUCGGAAUACUUGGCUGUAAAAGAAGAGGAGAUCAGCAACUACGAAUCAAUGCCUAAACCAGUUAGACGAAAACUCCCAGCACUGCCAACUGAUGCUAAAGUUGUGCAACCUAAAGAGAGUAGUAAUGACGAUGUCAAAGCUGAUAUUAAGGAGGAUAGUGCUGUUGAACAGGGCAUAGCUGGAGUAAAGAAUGCAAUGAGUUCAUUGUUUAGUACAAUAACAGGAUCAAAGCCUGCCACUGAGGGAGAUGCUACUGGCACAACUCCAUCUCCCCAACCAACUCAAGCAGACUCUGGUAUUUCAAAACUUCUCUCUUUGAUCCCCAAAGCAAAUACUGAAGUCACAGAAACUUCUGGUGCUACUGCCACAGAACCACCUACCUCUCAAUCAUCACCCCAACCUGAGUCAGGCAUUUCAAAGCUGCUUUCAUUUAUUCCCAAAAGUGGUGGUACUUCCCCACCCGUAGCUAUAGUUCCACCUGCCUCUCAGGAACCCACAUCAGAAAAAAAGUUUUCCCUUCAGUCUCUUUUGCCAUUUCAGUCUUCCCAAUCCAACCAGCAAGCUGACGCCAGUCAGACAGCGACACUUAGUACAGAUUCACAAGGAAGCGAUUCGAAACAAGCUACAUCUGGUUUUGAAUCCAUGUUAGGAAGACUUAGUCCUUUGAGACUUUUUUCUAGUGCACCACCAUCUAGAGACCCAUCACCUCAGCCAUCAGAGCAAAGAAGUGCAUCUGCUCCAAUCAGUGACUCCCAGCAAGGGCCUGUAAACAAAACGGUGAGUACUAUUAGAGAGGGAUCACAAACAGACCGGCAAUUAUCAGGUGAAAUGAGAACAGGCUCUGGCAGUGGAUCAGUUGAUCUUUUGCCAGAUACAGGAAGUGGAUCAAUCGAGCUUUUCCAAGAAACUGGUAGUGGGUCAGUAGAGCUUCUUCCAGAGACAGAGUCCUCUGGUGAACUACCCGAUGUUCAGCAAAGAAAAUCUUCACCAGUACCUGAACCAAAACCUGAAUGCAGUUCAGAGGAAGCAGGAUUUUUCAGUCCUUUUAAAAAGUCUCUUUCUUCACUAAUGUCAACAACUCCUCCAGAAAGUUCCCAGCAGAGUGACACCAAGCCUGCAGAUGAGUCGUUUUUAGGUACCAAACUCAAACUUCCAUUUUUCUCAGAAAAUAUUUCCACAACAACAGCCCCACCAAAGGCAGAAGGGGGCAUGCUAUCAGGGAUUCUUAAGUUUGCGUCUGGUGAAGAUGCCAGUGCCACACCAAAGAGUCCAACCCCAACCCCUACAAGAACACCCUCUCCAAGUCGUGCAGCACUUCUUGAAAGUUUACCCAAAGGAAACACAGAAACUGGGUGGUUUUCAAACCUUUUUAAAGUAACCCCAAAUGAACCAGCUAAGGAACCCAUGAAGCAACAAAUGACUCCUACCGUGAUAUUAACCAAACCUACUGACCAAACUGAACAAAUAGUGUCUGAUAUCACAGAGGGCACCGUUUGCAAAACAGAAACUGUGUGUCAAGAGCAAAUGUCAUCUGAAAAAGAUUCCCAGUCCAAGCCAGAUGUUCAGUCUGAAUCAACUGCAACAUCUAAAAAUCAAAGUCCUCCCAAAUCUGUGGAACAAGAUGAAUCGCAACCAGAAGCCUCACAGACUCAAGGAUUUCUUUCUGGAUUGUUGAAACUUGGAUCAACUGAUUCUGAUUCUUCUGUAAAGAAAAUUGAAGGAGGAAACACUCAGCCUCAUCAGGGUGGGCUGUUCUCAGGUCUAUUUUCACCACCUUCCCAGUCUUCUCCCCAAACACAGCAAAAUUCUGCCACACAACAGUCAGGAGGACUGUUGUCUGGAUUUUUAAAAUUUGCCUCUGAUGUCUCUGCUUCUACAAAUCAGUCCUCAUCCACGUUACCAGGAGGGCAAUCUAGCCAAAUUUCAACUCCAAAGCAAGAACAGCCUACUUCCACACAGCCAUCAUCUGUAGGACUGUUAUCUGGGAUCUUACAAAAAGCCACAGACACAGUGUCUGGGUCUCAACCAAAUCUUGCUAGCCAUGAGUUACAACCAGAAGUGGCUGACCAUAAAGCAAAAAUGGAAGGAUCUGAUCAAAACUUGAGCCAAGGGAUGACUCCUACUCAGUCAGCAGGGAUUUUGUCAGGAGGGACUCCAUCUGACCCACAGCUAAAACAGCCUGCAGUCUCAGACCAGAAACCAAGCAAACAGCAACAACAGACAGACCAAACACCCCCCAAACCAACUCCAACAGAAACAGGAACAACACCACAACCUAGUGGAUUGUUUGGAGGUUUGCUAAAAUUCCAAGAAACUGGUUCCCAGCAAGAACAUCCUCCUCAGCAAGGUGGUUUCCUCUCUGGUCUUUUUGGAAUGGGCGCUCAAGACCCUGCUCCAGCUAACCAAACCCAGCACUCACAAAACCAGUCACGGACUGUCAAACCUGGGAACCAGCCCAUUCAGCAACCCACUAAUAGGCAAAACCUACAACGGCAAAACCAACUCCCACCACAGCAACCUCCCAGUAGUCCUGCAGGGAUGCUCAGUGGAUUAUUUAGCAAAAUUACAGAUGCAGCUACUCCACAGUCUACAGUGGGGAGUCAACCUGAACAGCAACAAGCACAAAGACCAGGGCCUAACAUUACUCAACAAGCAUCUAGUCAACAGGGAGGCUUUUUCUCUGGGUUAUUUUCAACAGGUCCUACUCCUCCACCUCAGCAACAGCCACCUGUCAGUAGAAACCAACAGCAACCACAACAAGGUACCAGACAACCUCUCCGGAGACAAAACCAAAUACCUCAGCAAAGUGCUGCCUCUGCAUCAGAGCCACAACAGGGGGGACUAUUGUCAGGGCUUUUUAAUAAAUUGGCUGCUAGUGAUAAUGCACCACAACAGCCCACCCCACAGACUGCAUCUCAACAAGGCAAUAAAUCAAAUUUAGCUGGACCCAGCCAACCUAUAGGUCAACAGUCAUCUCAAACAGGUCAGCAAGGAGGAUUUUUGUCUGGUCUGUUCAGUCAAACAUCACCUCAGCAACAACAGCAGCAGCAAUCUGGUAAAACAGGCUCUCAACAAACUGGAACUCAGCAGCCAAGUCAAAGUGGAGGCUUGCUCUCAGGUUUUCUUAAGCUUGCAUCCGGUGACAGCGCACCACAGGAACAACCGUCACCUCCUCAACCUGUACAGGGGGGUCAGCCAUCUGAUAAGCCUGGACAAACUCCAGCUCAGUCUGAAUCAGGGGGAUUAUUCUCUGGCAUUUUAAACAAAAUUUCAGGUACUGUGGAACAGUCGCCGUCCCCACCUGCUGAUCAGAAAAUACAGGAACCAAAGCAGCCACAUACAGGACAGGGCCGACCUCAGAUUCAGAGAACUAAACCUGUAGAAAUGCAUUCCUCCCAAGAUGUGGGAGAUAAAAAUAAGGACUUAAAAAAUACAUCUCAAAAAGGUUUUCUCAAAAGCCUUUUUAGUGUCACUGAGGAAUCACCAUCAAAAACACAGCAGCCAUCUACUCUUCAACUUGGAAAGGAAGAACAAAAAACCAGCGCAAGUAGCAAGUCUCCUAGUCUGUUAUCAAGUAUUUUAAAAACAGGCACCAAUGACACUACUUCUGCUCCUGGAAAGGAAAAUGAAAAAGGCUGCUUCGAUCAUUUACUACCAAAGAGUAAGGUGGAUAUCCAUUUAAGUACAGCAACUCUAACGAGUGGCAGUCCAGUCACUUCCACGGUUGACACUUGUAAAGAAGCCACACAUUCUCAGGGCUUGCAAGAUCCUACAAUUUCUCCAACGCGACGUUAUCUUGAGGAAAUACAACGUCUCUUGUAUGGAACAGCAGAUGAGUAUGGUUACAAGGAUCUUUUAUACAACUUUACAGAGCAUGGUGUUAUUCCACCAGAGCUCUAUGAGCAUCAGUGUCUUAUUGAAGCUCUUUUGUGGCAACAACUCAAUGAUUAUAUCCUUGCUGAAUCCCUUGCAACUCAAGUUCAGGAAGGCUACCAAACAUACCAAGGGCAUAUGGCUCCUACAGUUAGACCACCUCAAUGGGAGAAUCAAACAUGUUUGAAUCCUAAAGAAAUGGACAUUAGUGGCUUUAAUGUACCCUCACAUCCUUGGAGGGAUUCUGCUGCCCAGCUUUUUGAAAGCAGAAAUCGUUUCCUUGAGCCAGGUGAAGAUGUUAUUCUGUUUGACAUGAGCUGCAGAGAUAACAAAUCCUGGAGUAGCUGUGACCAAUUGAAUAAUCUUGCUGGAAAUGCUAAACCUUGGAUCGUUAGAGGCAGUGCGCUGAAUCUGUCUACGGAAAAAACAAAGACCCAGUUAAGUAGAUGCCAGUCACUCACUGAAUGCAGACGACAGGAAUUUAGCAAAAUGGUGGAAGAAACUACUGUUAGUCAUUUAAAAGAUAAAGACUUUGAUUUGAAAUCAGCAACUGAGUUUUUAAAACAACUUGCCACAAAAAAGGGUCCAAUGGAUUUAAGACGUGGUGCCCUGGAUUUAAGCAGAUCUGCAGGCAUUACAGGAGAUGCAGAAGAAGAAAUGCUAUUUAAGGACUCUGAGUGGUAUCAACAAUGGCUUUUACUCUUGGAACAAGGGCUGUGGUGGCCAGCUGAGACUGGGGACUGUGGAUAUUAUGUCUAUACAGAUGAGGAUUACAUUUAUUCUCUUUUAACUGACAGAGCUGGUAAACAUCUCUAUGCCUGUGCUACACCGGAGGAUGUACAAGCUCUAGGAAAUAUCACUGAAAAUAUUGCUAAAAUUCUGAAACAAAAAGAAGGGGAUAAAGUUACCCUUUGUGGUUUUAAAAUCCCCUUUUACACUGAAAAUGAAGGCUUCUGGAUUCAAGGUGACCAGCAGAACAGGUUAGUUCUUUCUGACGCUCCUGUGGACCUAACCUCUGCACUCAAAAAGGGUGAGAAAAUAAUGAACAUGAAUUUGGAAAGCUUUUCUCAAAUGUUUCAGGAAUCACUAUCUUCCCAAGCAGAAACACCUGUAGACUUUUCUGUGUACAAGCUAAAAAAGAUCAAUGUAGAAUCGUUACAAAAUACUCGUGACUGUCAAGAGGAACCAAUAGAGGCCGCUGAUCUGACUUUAAAGUCACUGAAAGGUGGACAUGGAGGGCCAUAUUGGAAGAAUCAGGCAAUAGCAGAUGUAAAUACAACCUCAUCAGCACAUUCUCCAAGGUAUCGUUCAACACAAAUCUUUCCAAAUAGACACUCCCACAUUCCUGAAAUCCGGAUUGCACCUGCAGAUGAUGUACAUGCAGAACCACCAAGACAAAAGUCAAGCUCUAUAGUUUCAGCUGCUGGAGAAGCUGUUAAAAGGUCUUCCAAGACUGAUACAAGUAAAACUGGAAUACAGUCAUCAAUACCUGCUACAUCACCACCAGUGUCUAACAAGGUUUCAGAGACAUCAAGGAUUCUUUCAGGGAGCCCAUCAGCUCAAAAAAUACCAGGACCUGUGCAUUCAGGAAGGAAACUCCCGACACCACCAGCUGUUAGUACAGGUGUCAGCUCUGCAGCAUCUCCAUCACAGGCAGUUUCUAUUAAGAUUUCAUCCACAACAUCUACCUCAACUGUACCUUCAGUUUCACCACAGCGACAUAGGCUUGCAAGACAGCCCUCUCAAGCAGAGAGACCCAGAGUAUUAUCACAACCAAAUCAAAUCACAGUCACAGGGAUGUCUAGCAUUAGCAACGUGAACAGUUCUUUAGCAACUGAUGAAAGUGCGUCCCUGUCUCAAAAUCAACCACAAGAAUCCUCUAAGCAACUUACACCCCAGUUACAUAUUUUAAAUGACAGCUCAGAUACAUACAGUGAAGCUUACCUUUACAAUAGAAAUCGGACAUCACUUUUAACCACUGCCAGCUCUCAAAUAUGCAAUAAAGUCAUAGACUUUUCUGCCACAAUGAACCAAACCAAAAAUGUCAAACAAAAAGGUGCAACUGAUGACAGUGUAAAAUCUACACAGAGAAUUGAAGUUGUUGACUUCACAAAGUACAAGUUAAAAAGAUUCAAAGAGAAACAGUCCACUGAUACUCAGGCAAACACUGACUUGACUGGCCAGACUACCAUUGCUGUAGAUCUUACCAAACAAACUGAGGAAGAUGAAGUUGAAUGGCCUGAUUCAGAAUAUGGCACUAUGAACACAUUACAGCAAAGUCCAACAUGUUCUCAGACUGAUCAUAGGCUUGCUGAUCCUCACAAGAAAUCAGAGAGAAGAUUGUCCAGGCCAGAAGUUACAACCAGCCAUGUAACUUCUGCAGUUCAUAUCCAAAAGCUCCCAGGCUCUCAGAGUACCCAUAUAAUGACUGAGACAAACUGCACUAAAGUUGAAGCAAACAGUUCACCCAAGCCGUCUUCUACCUCCAAAUUGUCAGAGAGUUCUCACAGUAGUGUUAGCUCUUCAGUUACUGAUGUUUCUAGUAAAGCCUCUGGCCUCAAUAGUGGUCUUAAACAAACUGCAACAACGAAAUCAGCACAACCUGCAUGUACCUCACCGCUAUUAAGCCCAAUUUUGAGAAAACAAGUAGUUACUCAGGAACCACAACCAAAUUGCUCUGUUGGUGUGGGCCUGCAAAUGCAGCAAAGCCCACAGAUAUCCACAACUCCUCCUUAUCAGUCUAAUGGAACAGCUGAGCAAUAUCAGAAGAACACUUCACCAGCAAACUCAAUUAAACCUACAUUAGAUAUGUCUAAAAAGAAAACAACCCAGCAGACUCAGCAAACUGUUGUGCCAACUGUUCCUAUCUGUGAGGCACUGCCACUGACAAGGAGAAAAACAUUACCUUCUGAAAAGACAGACAAAAGUCUCAGUUGUCACGAAUCCAUUGACUUGUCAAAUAAGGCAGAAUUUCAAGAGCCAACGGAACAAACAAUAGAGUAUACUAAUUCUGUUCCUGUUGAGAAAAAGCUUCCUCUUACUGCUGGAACGAUUCAAAUAAGAUCUUCUAACACAAAAGAGGAGACUUCAUGUGGUGAUAGGAGGAUAUCAUUACCAAGGCAGCGACCUCUUCUUGGACAGUUUACAGAAUCUCUUGAAACUGGCAAAACACUCUGUCAAGCCACAGCACCAGCCAAUGCAGUUAAGGCCACACUGGACAUGACUUCUAAAUCUUCUGCCAAAUUUAAGGAGACACAUCUAGAAGUGGCAACAAAUGAUACUCUUUCUGAAGCUCUACCACUAACAAGAAGCAAGCCAAGUGCACAUGAAUUUGUACGAAAUAAUUCUGUUGGCAUACCAUUAGUUGUUGAUAGCUUAUCUGAAGUACCUCUUGGUAACUUAAGAAGCUCAAAUGCAAAUGCCCAGCAAGCAGCUAUGAGUAAGCUUCAAAAUCACUCAGGUUCUAUUCUGUGUCAACAACCAUGGCACAGAAAAUCUGAGGCCUUUCUCCAUUCAAAUCAGAUAACUUCACAGCUAUCAGUCAUUACCCAAAUGAAAUCACCUGCUACAUCUCCAGCAAACUCUAUUAAAAGCACAUUAGAUAUGUCAACAAAGACAGGUAAAUCAGAUGCGAUGGUAAACUAUUCAGAUCCAGUAUCACUGGUAAGGAUAAGACCGUCAGGCUUUUCAUAUUCACAAGGAGAUUCUGUUGGUGUACCACUAAUUGUGGAAACCCACCUAUCUCAGAUACAAACUAAAAGGCAGCCAACAGUGGCUGGCUCACAGGUGCCAAUACAACAAGGAUAUGUUCAAAGUGGAUGUCAAGAAAUAUCUGCACCUGCUAAUUCUAUCAAAAGCUACCUAGACAUGUCUCCAAAACCACAGGAGAAAUGGUCUGAAAAAGUGCCUGAUACCUUAUCAACUGGAGUUGUGCCACUGAUCAAAAACAAGGCAAAUAUGGUAAGAAAUGGUUCUGUUGGUGUACCACUUAUAGUGACACAAUCUGCAAAUCAACAAGGAAGACAAGUUUUGAGUAGAAUCAGCAAAACUGAGACAUUACACACAAAUAUAUUUCCAUACCAAUGUAAUGAUGUAUUUUCUGGGCCAAAUGCCAUCUCUAAGGACAUGUGGCAACAAAAUAAACCAGUGAACUUCUCAGCAAAAGACAGCCUAAAGCCUAGUGCUUUAAGUAAUCAAAUUGAGCCAAAAGCUGAAGAGCCCAUGAACUUUUCAAAUGUUAAAGCAAAAAAAGAAAUGUUUGAAAGAAGGAAAACCGAAAGGCCAUUAGAAAGGGAAACACCAGUUGGUAUUGUGAACCUAACUGUAGAUCUUCAAAACAAAAUCACAGUUGUUAGAGAUCAAGAUACAAAGGAUCUUUCUUCUUCUUAUAUUUCAUCACAAUCUCAAAAUGGUAUCUACUGUCAGCAACCAUACACACCUGCAGCCAGUACGGAAGAUAUCAGCGAAGAUACUCUGAAGCCUUUGCAAUACAGGGAAUAUUUACCUGAUAAAAACUCUACCAUCCAACCUGGAAUAAAUUCUAGAUGGCAAUUGGGAACAGGAAUAAACUCUGAGUCAUUGACUACUUCAGUGUUAUCUCUUGUACCUGUUCAAAUGAAGACACAGCCUCCUCAGGCUAUAGACGAACUCAAGAGAUCAUCACUAAACAAUGCAUAUCAACAGAUCAGUUGUGCAAAUGUUGAUUACAAAAAACAUGAUCCACUGUCUCAGCAGCAGCAAACCCAACAUUCAGCUGUUCAACAGCAAUAUCAACAUUCUGGUGCUAAAACUGGUUGGACUCCAGCAAUUGUAACAUCUCAGCCAAUACCUUUAAAGGUGGAAAGACAUGAUCCAAGUGUUCAGUUUGACAUUAUAUCUAGACCCAAAAUUCUUAUUAAGCAGGCAACUGUGGACAGCUAUGAGAGCACUGAGGAAAACCUGCCAAACAGUGAAACAGUAUCAAGUAAUGGACAUUCAUUGCCUUCUGCAUCUACCCAUCAACUGUAUGGUAGAAUUCAAAAUGAUCCCACCACACACAAUGUUCAUAAUCUUUCACUUAGUCAGCAACCAGAUGGCAAACCUAGACCUGAACCUUCUCCACAGUCUUCUGGCAUACAACCUGUACAAAGUAUGGCAACAGAAGAUUUUUCAAAAGGACCUCUUGAACUGUCAAAACAUUCUAGUCAAUACCAAACCCCUGUCACUUAUAAGCAGUAUUCCACACCAACCGUACCUUUAAAAGUAAGCACAUCUACAUCCCAACCAUCCACAAAAUAUGAUCAAGUACCUGUACAACCAUUAAAGAGCAACUUUCCUAACCAGAACUUUGGGGCUGAAUUGCAUCAACCAGAGGCAUCUGUGACAGGAUCUCUCGAACUAUCAAAACAGUCUACUCAAACCCAAGCACAUGUCACUGUCCAGCAAUAUUCCACACCAACUGAAUCUUUGAACAUUAGCACAUCUAUAUCCCAACAGUCCACAAAAUGUGAUCCUGUGCGUGCACAACCAUUAAAGAGUAGCUUUCCUAACCAAGACUUUGGGGCUCAAUUGCAACAACCAGAGGUAUCUGUGACAGCAGCAAGGUCUACCUCUGUCAAGGGUUUGAUUUCAUUAUUCAGCGGUGCUGGAUCGCAACCAUCUGCCAGUACAAUGCCAGCUGCUGCUCCGUCCCACCAGCUUAUGUCUACAACCGAGAACCAAACGACGCAAUUUACUGGAACACAGAUGACAGCUGAUAUUAAACAUACCACCACCCCAGUAACCCCUGCUGGGCUUCAAGAAAAAACUGCUUUAAGCUCACAAAGUCUUAUUGUGUCAAGUUCUCUGCCUGUUACUGACCAAGCUAACUUUGGUUCUAGAUUGACUAGUGAAAAUAAUGACAUAUUAAACAGGAAAGAAAUUACCUAUCCAGUUACACAAACAAAAUCUUUUGAAGACUCUAGAUCAGUGGUGGUUAAAGAUAAAGUACCUUCUUCUUUUUCAUCUGAAUCGACAAAGGAUCAAUCUGCAGCCCUACAGACAGAGCUAGAUCCGACCCAAUCACUAAUAAGCAAAUCGGAGCACAGAAACAACGAUUCCAUUUUAAGUGAUAUAAGCUCUGAAACGUCACCAGUGAUACUGCCUAUGGUUUCCACCAUUAGUGAGUUGCCAGUACAUGGUUUGCCUUCAUCUCUUUCUCAAGAAUAUCAGCAACCACCGCCAAUGCUAAAUGCAAUCCCAGAGAGAGACACACAAGAUAAAGAAAGGCCUUUUCCUGAAAAGGUACUAACAAAGCCAUCAGAUACCAUGCCACCCAAGGGAAUUCUGAGUUCAGACAGUUCAGCAGAACCUUCACAAACACCAUCAGAAGCAGGUGGCAAAGAGGGUUCUGUCAUCACGGAUAAAAUGUUUGUACCAGAAUCAGACAUAUCUAUGCAUGAAAUUCUAGAGCAUUCCAAACAAACUGUAGCCAUAGAGUCUUCCGAUGGCAAUACUGAGUGUGGUGAAAAUUCUUUGUCUAAUGGAUCACAGGAUAAAAGUCAACAUCAAAAGUCAAUUUACAUUGGCAUUGGCUCUGAAAUACCUGAGACACAAAUUGAACCAGGUGACCCAAAACCUUAUGUCAGGCUGCCCCAUAUUUUUGUCUCGGCAGCAAGUUCACCAGAAGAAGAGACAAAUGAGCAUGAGUUUAGUGAAUGCAGCACGCCUGAAAUCCCACAGGCCAGUGUUUCUAAAGAAACUGCUCCCGAUGCAGAAUGUAAACAUUCUUCACCUGAUUAUUCUGUUUCAGAGUCUGAGAUAUCUAAGGAGGCUAGAGCUACAGAAAUAUGUAGCACAGAGCUAUCCACUGAAUUAGAACAAAUCAAGACCUCUUCACCAGAAAUGCCACUUAUACUGACUGCAGAAAGUAGUACUCUUGCAGAGAGAGACUCACAGCACAUCAUGACUGAAAAAUGUUCAACUAAGGAUGAUGUCCUCUCUAGAGCUGAAGGAAUAUCAGAGAGUACUGAAGCCAAUGAGCCACAAACUGAACAUACUUCCAAGGAUGCAAAAUUAUCAGUUCCAGAUAAUACAACACUUGAUGUGGUUGAACAACUUAGUGAUCUGGCUGGCCAGGUUGGCAAUACAACUUCAGUAAUAAAAUCCUCCAAUGCUCCUGAAACACUUGACACUCUAGCUAAUAAAAGGGAAAGCACAUUUUCAGAAAUUGUACUGUCUGAAGGAGUACAGUCACAUGAAAAUGUGUCACCAGAAGAAUUACCCUCAGUCUCAGAUGCAAAAUUACCUGAAAAAGUCCAACCACUUUAUGACGAAACUCAAAAGGAUGUCUCCUUGUCUGAACCUGAGCCCAGUCCUGUCAAACCUCUCACAGAGGAAAUAAUAGUUUCCAAGGAGGACAGUUCUGCUGGCAAGGUUGAUCAACCUGAGGAUGAGCAAGCAGGUAAAGGAUUAUUUUCUUUAUUUAGUGGCUCUACUCCAAACUCACAGCAGACUUCCUCCCCUGGUAUAUCAUUACUUGGUGGUAUUCUUCCUGGCUCAUCUGCCAAAGACGCUCCUGGGACAGGAUUGCUUUCAAUGUUUGGUGGGUCAAGUACCCCAUCUUCACCUGGAUCCAAAGAAACAACACCAAUGCCACAAGAGCCACAGGGAAAAGGUUUAUUCUCCAUGUUUGGUGGAGCCAGUAGUCAAGCAUCACCUGCUCCAAGAGGUCCAACUGUUGGAAGUGUGCGACCUAGAGGUCCUCCUCCCAAAGAACCUCCAGGAAAGGGUCUGUUCUCCAUGUUUGGUUCAUCUGCACCUCAGCAACCACCCAGUCCCAGAGGUCAACCUAUGGGUAGUGCUACGCCGAGGGCACCUUCUCCUGGAUCUUCUAUAUUUGGUGGCAUACUCCCUGGUUCUACUACAAAUAAAGAAACCCCUGGAGCAGGUUUGUUUUCAAAGUUUGGUGGUCUUGGUGCCCAGUCUCAAACUAGUCCUAGAGUACGCCCACCUGGGCCAACUGUUACACCACCAAGACCCAGCGGUUCAGAGAUAACAGGAAAAGGACUGUUUUCGAUGUUUGGUGGACAAAGCCAACAAGGAUCAGAAGCACAAUCACCAGUUUCUAAACCACCUGAAUCAGAAGGUUUCAAAGUUUCUUCUGUGUUUUCACUUGGUGGGAGUUCUGAUAGUAACAAAUCUAAAACUGGGUUUGGUCUAUUUGGGAUGUCUUUCUUGGAGGAAACCAAACCUGAACAAGAAACAACUGCUUUUGUAAAGGAAGAGAUUGUUUCAGAACUAGUCAAACCUCCAGACACAGAGGAUAACUUGGAAGAAGGAAAAAAUGACCACAUUGAGAAGAUAAAAAGUGUCUCUCCAGAGCCUCUUUCUACAUCAUCAGAUAAGGAGGAAAUUGCCUCAGAACAAGUGAAACCUCAAGGCACAAAGGAUGACUCAGAAGAAGAAAAGAGUGACUGUGUUGAGAACAAAAAAAUUGUAUCCCCAGAGCUUCUUUCUACAUCGUCAAUUCGGAUGGAAUCUCAAAUAGAACAGGCAUGCCAAGAUGUCAAAGAUUCAACCGCAGACAUCACUCAAAAUGUUACUAAAAUGUCUGUUCCCUUGACAGAUCGAGAUAUAGAAAAUAAAUCCACAAUACAACAGAACUUGCCUUUUGAUGAAAACGCAUCAGACACUGUUGAAGCUUCCACCGUGGACACUCAAAUCACGACUUCUAAAGAGACACUUGUGGAGGCUGAAAAACAAGCUUGUCAGGUGGAGUCAGAAACUGAAAAAGAAAAUAAAGAGAUAAAAGAUAGCGUAGAUGUUGAGAGAAAAUUUGCAGAAUCAGAACUUGAUAGCUUGAAAGGUGAAAGUAAGUCCACAGGUGACGAAGUAGAGACAGCUGAUAUCAAAAGUCUUUCAGAGAAAAAUGACACUAUGCAAAUGGCAUUGCAAGAUUCUAGUGAGUCUACUGACAAGAACACAGGUUCAAAUAAAGUUAAAGAUAAGACUGUUACUAAUGCAGAGCUAGCAAUUUCAGAGAUUGAAAAACCAAGUGAGGAGCUACUGAAGGUUGCUGAUGAAGAUGAAACUAGUGUUACAGGUAUAGAAAAAACAUCUGAGGAGGCUUUGAAAGUUGCUGCAGAAGAAAAGACAGUAGUUGCAGAUGUAGAAAAACUAACUGAGGAGCCUUUGAAAGUUGACAGUUUUGAACAAAAAGCUGUUCUGGAAAUAGAAAAAUCAAGUGAGCACACUUCAGAAGAUGCUAGUGAAGAAAAUACAGCAAAGGCAGUUAUAGAAAAAUUAACUAGUGAGCUGGAAAAAGUUGCUGAUGAACAAAAGGUAAUGACAGAUGAGGAAAAAUCCACUGAACUUACUAAUGUAGUUGAUUCUGUGGUACAAAAACCAGAAACAGUUACUGCAGAGUCUGUAGUUACUGCAGUUUCAGAUUCUGAAAAAGCCGCCCAAGAAGACUCAAAAAUCGCAUCUAGUGAGACAGUUAAAGAAAUAACUGAGGCAAAAUUAGAGCAUGCUAUUACAGAACCUGGAGAUAAAGUCUGUGAAAGUACACCUUUGGCAGACUUUAAAGUCACAUCUGGUGAGACAAUAAAGGAACUAACUGAGGCAGAAUUAAAGCAUGCUACUACAGAACCUGCAGAAAAAGUACCUGAAAGUUCACCUUUGGCAGGAGUGGCCUCUUCAACAAAUGAAGAAAAAACCAUUGGUACCAACUCAAUUCCACCUCUUGCUCCUUCAACUCCUCCACCACAACAACAACCUAGGCCGGGUAUGACCAGGCCUCUUGGUCCACAAGUCCAAAGAAUGGGAGUACCAAGAAUGGGUGGGCCGCGAAUGGGAGCACCACGAAUGAGUGGGCCAAGAAUGGCUGGUCCAAGACAGCCAGGGCCACAAAAGCCACCUGAACCAGCUCCAUUUUCUGGGUUUAUGUCUAUGUUCUCUGCCCCAAGUACACAAAGUAAAUCACCAACUGUUGGUGGAUUUUUUUCAAGUUCAGCUGCCUCACUUUUUGGUUCAUCACCUGCACCUCGUCAGCCACCACCACAACAGCAACAGCAACAGCAACAACAGAAAAGCUCAUUUUUUGGCCUUCCAAGUAGUAUUGCUUCAGAAUCUCUUACAAGUGACUUACUUGGUAUGUUCAAAGGUCCCGAGACAACAAAACCUGAGGAAACUCAACAGUCUGGUACACAGUGUGGACCUGAUGAGCUUUCCGCUAAUGUGACAGACUGUGCAAUCACUGAAAAACCAGAGAUACCUUUAUCUGAAGAUGGACAUGUCAAGAGCACAGAGGAAUCUGAAAUUCCUGAAAAAGGUUUAGUGGAGGAGACAGAACAAAAAGAAGAAACGGAGGCAGAAGGAGAUUCUCUCACUGAAUCUAUUAUUAAAACUACUGAGAAACAAUCAGGGGAUGAUGAACAUGUAGAGCAUUCAGAAGGGCCAGUUACUGCAAUGUCUGACAAAGCAGCACCGCCCACAGCUCCUGAAAACAAGGGCAUCUUUGAAAUUCCAGGUCUCACUGCCCCAAAAUUAGGCUUUUUGUCUGUAGCUGCUGAAGGUACAUCAUCGAUUGGAUCCCUUUUCUCCACCUCAACAUCUCCAGCCACUGCUUCAAAGACACCUCAGACACAACAAACUGAUGGUGGUCUAUUUUCUGGUUUUAAAAGCCUUUCAGCUGGUAUUUUCCAUGAUGAAAAGUCAACUGGAAAGGAGGAAGCAUCUGUUUCAUCUGUGUUCGGCAUGAAACUUACCUCAAUGUUUGGUAACUCUGACUCUCCCAGACCUGAAUCCACCCCUCCUGUGGUCAGCGUAGAGCCUCAGUCUGAAACUCCAAAACCUACCGAAUGUGAUGAUCCAGAACCUGAUAAACCUUCCCCAGGUUCUGGAGAAACUGAAAGUGAAGAUGGCAGUGAUACAGAAGGACCAACAGAAACUUCAAAAACAGGAAGCUGUGACAGCUUAGCACAGUCACCUCUGUCUGGUGUUCCUUCACACUCAGUUUCCCAAAUAGAAAGCUUAGAUACACCUCAGUUAAUGGUCACCCCAUGUGAGUUAGAUAAGAGUGAAGUAAACGCACCUGAUGUCGUGCAUGCAGAACUGGAAAUGGAUCAACCAAAGGAACACUUAACAAAGGAAGCUAUGAAAAGCCCUCCAGACAGCAGCCACUUUGAUUCGUCAGGCAACCUCAGCCCAGUCAGCUCCCAGCUGAGCUCUGAGCCUGAAGAGCGCCGACAUGUAGAGUCCUGCCACCCCAGUAAGCCUCGCCCUCCUCUCCAAAACCAGCCGUCCAACUGGAACAAGGAAGAAGAGGACGAUGCUGAAAAGGAUGUGCAUGCACUGCCAGAGCCUGGUUCUAAGAAAGAUUUAAAGGACUCUUCAGACAUCCUUCCUAAACCAACCUUGGACAACUGCGAUAACAAGAGUCAGACAAAUGGUUUAUUCGCAGAUGGCCCUCCACCCUGCUCUCCAUCCAAAGUUCGCUGGCUGAAAGCCUACAACAAAGUGAGAGUGAAACUGCACGAGAGCCGAGAUCAAGAUGGUGACCUCAGCAAGCACCCGUGGGCCAAGCCAGGGGGGAACACACCGUUUGGCAUUGACAGCAUGCCAGAUCUCCGCAAGAGAAGGCCCAUUCCCCUCGUUAGUGAGCUGUCUAUGCUACAGUCCAGGAAAGCUGGACUCGCCCACACACUGGCCACACGGACCUCCCUGAAAGACGAAGAGCUUAAAAAUCACGUAUACAAGAAGACCCUGCAGGCUCUCAUCUACCCCAUCUCCUGCACCACGCCGCACAAUUUUGAAGUGUGGACCGCCACCACGCCCACUUACUGCUACGAGUGCGAGGGUCUGCUGUGGGGCAUCGCCCGGCAGGGAAUGCGCUGUGCAGAGUGUGGGGUCAAAGUGCACGAGAAAUGCCAAGAGCUGCUAAACGCUGACUGCCUGCAAAGAGCGGCAGAGAAGAGCUCCAAGACCGGGGCAGAGGACCGGACGCAGCACAUCAUCAUGGCCAUGAAAGACCGGAUGAAAAUCCGCGAGAGGAACAAGCCAGAGAUCUUUGAGGAGAUCCGUAAAGUGUUCAACGUCUCCAAGAUGGUCCACACCCAGAACAUGAAGAGCAUUAAGCAGAGUGUGCUGGAUGGCACUUCCAAGUGGUCAGCCAAGAUCACCAUCAAUGUCGUCAGUGCCCAGGGUCUCCAGGCCAAGGACAGGACAGGUUCCAGCGAUCCUUAUGUGACCAUCCAAGUGGGUAAAACCAAGAAGAGGACAAAGACAAUCUACGGCAACCUGAACCCAGUCUGGGAGGAAAAGUUCAGCUUCGAGUGCCACAACUCAUCAGAUCGGAUCAAGCUGCGGGUUUGGGACGAGGACGAUGACAUCAAGUCGCGAGUGAAGCAGCGUCUGAAGAGGGAGUCGGACGACUUCCUGGGACAGAGCAUCAUUGAGGUCCGAACACUCAGUGGAGAGAUGGACGUGUGGUAUAACCUGGAAAAGAGGACAGACAAGUCGGCGGUGUCUGGUGCCAUCCGUCUUCAGAUCAGUGUGGAGAUUGAGGGCGAGGAGAAGGUGGCGCCCUACCACGUGCAGUACAUGUGCCUUCAUGAGAAUAUGUUUCACUUUACGACGGAUGUUGAGGGAGGUGGCGUGGUGAAGAUCCCAGCUGCUCAGGGAGACGACGCGUGGAAGGUUUACUUUGAUGAAGUGCAACAGGACAUUGUGGAUGAGUUUGCGAUGCGUUACGGCAUUGAGUCCAUCUUCCAGGCCAUGACCCAAUUCUCUUGCCUAUCCUCUAAGUACAUGCUGUCAGGGGUGCCGGCAGUGAUGAGCACCCUGCUGGCCAACAUCAAUGCCUUCUACGCCCACCCCACCGCCUCCACCAAUGUCUCUGCUCCAGCCAGAUUUGCAGCCUCCAACUUCGGGAAAGACCGUUUUGUGAAGCUCCUGGAUCAGCUGCACAACUCCCUGCGUAUCGAUCUCUCCAUGUACAGAAAUAAUUUCCCAGCCAGCAGCAAGGCUCGCCUCAGUGACCUCAAAUCUACUGUGGAUCUUCUCACCAGCAUCACUUUCUUCAGGAUGAAGGUCUUGGAACUGCAGAGUCCUCCCCGUGCAGCCAACGUGGUGCGGGAUUGCGUCAAGGCCUGCCUGAACUCCACCUACGAGUAUAUCUUUAACAACUGUCUGGAGCUCUUCAACCGCCAGUUUCAACCCGCCGUCCAAGCACCCGAGCCAGACAAGAAAAAGAAGAAGAAGGAAAAAGCAGAGGGUCAGGAAGCUGAAGAUGAUGAUGAAGAGGAGGAUGAAGAAGAAGAGGAGGAAGAGGAGGAGAAGAAAGAGGAGAGUCAACCGGAAGAGCAGGGCCCAAGCAUCCAGAAUCUGGACUUUUGGCCUAAACUCAUCACACUCAUUGUGUCCAUCAUUGAGGAGGAUAAGAACUCGUACACACCCAUCAUUAACCAGUUUCCUCAAGAGCUCAAUGUGGGUAAAGUCAGCGCAGAGGUCAUGUGGAUGCUCUUCGCUCAAGACAUGAAAUAUGCCCUAGAGGAACAUGAGAAGCAUAAGCUCUGUAAGACCGCUGACUACAUGAACCUGCACUUUAAGGUCAAGUGGCUGUACAACGAGUACGUUAAGGACCUGCCUGCCUUCAAAGACGCUGUGCCAGAAUACCCUGCAUGGUUUCUCCAGUUUGUCCUUGCCUGGCUCGCUGAGAACGAGGAGGUAUCCAUGGAGUUUAUGCAUGGAGCGCUGGAGAGAGACAAGAGAGAAGGGUUUCAACAGACAUCUGAGCAUGCUCUGUUCUCCAGCUCGGUGGUGGACAUCUUCACUCAGCUCAAUCAGAGCUUUGAGAUUAUCAAGAAACUGGACUGCCCUGACCCCACGGUGGUGGCACAUUAUAACAGACGCUUUGCCAAGACGAUCACCAAAGUGCUCCUGCAGUACUCUGCUCUGCUGGCCAAGAGCUUUCCCUCCUACUGUGAGAAGGAGAAGAUACCGUGCGUGCUGAUGAACAACAUCCAGCAGAUGAGAGUCCUUUUGGAGAAGAUGUUUGAGUCGAUGGGAGCAAAACAGUUAACAGCUGAGGAGGAGAUGCUUGAGAAUGAGGAGGAACCUGAUGAGUGUGAUGAGGAGGCCAUCUCUGACAACGAAGGCGGCGAUGACAUGUCAGAGGAGACCAAGUCUGGCUGCUCAGACUCCGAGGGAUCUGAGGCUGACAACCGAGAGAAGGAGAAAAAGGAUGAGUCCUCAGCCUAUGAUGACAGUGAGGAGGAGCAGGAGAAGCUGGACAAAGAGAAGUCUGAGUCCAAGAAGGAAAAGGCUGAAAAGACAGACAAAGAGAAGCAGGACGACUCCAAGAGCAAAGAGACAAAGGAGGAAGUAAACAAGACUGAAGCUACCACUGCGACCAAGAAGCUGGAUACUGAGGCGGCUGACAUCCUGAACGAUCUGCAGGUGAAGCUCAGCACCGUCCUGGACAAUUUCAGCACCAUGUUUGCUAAGAGUUUCCAGACUCGCAUUAACGGCUGCAUGCGUCAGAUGGCUGAGAUUCUCUACCAGAUGAAAGGCCCCCCCAACCACAGCACCGCUGAGGCAGACGCUGACACCAUGCUGAGGCCCCUCAUGGAGUUUCUGGAUGGGAAUCUCAGUAUUUUUGCUGACAUCUGUGAGAAGACGGUGCUGAAGAGGAUCUUAAAGGAUCUGUGGAAGAUCGUCCUGAGCAGCCUGGAGAAGACCAUCGUGCUGCCUCAGAGCAAUGACAGCUUGGGAGCUCAGCUCCUCACAGCAGCUAAAGGACUUUCUAACCUCAAGGGAGGAGGUGAAGCCAAAACCCUGACGCCCAAGCAGUGCAUAAUUAUUGAUGCAAGCCUUGAGUCAAUCAAGCAAUAUUUCCACGCAGGAGGAAAUGGGCUGAAGAAGGCAUUCGUCGAGAAAAGUCCUGAACUGGCAUCGCUGCGUUACGCCCUCUCCCUCUACUCCCAGAGCACCGAUGCUCUCAUCAAGACCUUUGUCACCACACAGCACUCCCAAGUGCAUGAUGGGAUGGGCAUCAGAAUCACCGCCAAUGAGAAGAUCAGACCUGAUAGGGGUUCGGGGGUAGAUAAGCCGAUCGGAGAGGCCUUGCUGCAGGUCGACAUGCUGCUCGGCAAAGAGCGCAAGGUCAACGUCAAAGUCAUCGCGGUGAACGACAUGAAGUGGCAGACGUCUGGGAUGUUUCGGCCUUUCGUCGACGUCUCCAUGGUCGGUCCAUUCCUGGCUGACAAGAAGCGCAAAUUCACCACAAAAUCCAAGAACAACAGCUGGACGGCUAAAUUCAACGAGGCUUUCCAGUUCGUCCUGGGUAAAGAAUCCCCAGACUGCUACGAGCUGCAGGUGACGGUGAAGGAUUACUGUUUUGGACGGGCGGACCGGGUGGUCGGCAUGGCCGUCGUUCAGCUGCGCGACGUGGCCGACCGCAAGAGCUGCGUGUGCUGGUGUCCUCUCGGGCCACGCAUUCACACCGAUGAGACGGGCAUGACGGUGAUGCGUAUACUGUCCCAGCGUCCUGCUGACGAGGUGGCCAAAGAGUUUGUCAAGCUGAAAUCGGAAACUCGUCCCGCGGAGGAAGGCAGAUGAGCCGAAACGGGCUUUACUGAAAGCGAGGUUUAGAAGCGUGGCUUUGGCUUUGUCUGUUUUCUGUGAGCAGCGUUUCACCUUCAUCCUUAACUAACGGAGACCCUUCUGACUGAUGACGUACAACGAGUUUAUCAUAGUUGGAAUAAGAAAAAUGGAUUUGUUAAAAAGGGCAAAUUUUGAGGAAGAGAUCGUCUCUCAAAAUGUAUAAAAAAGACUUUUCAUAGCACCAGUUUACGAUACCAGUCCUAUCAAUGGAUUUUAUAUCAGACGAUGAUUUUAGAGAGAAUCACCGAUCCAACCAACCCUACGAGAAAGCUCUUAGCAACGACAGAGACAAAAACACUCUUUUAACAGGAAGAAACUUCUGAAAACAGGUUCUCAGGAACGGCAGCCAUCUGCUGUGAUUGUUUCAGGUGAAGGGAAGCUCAGCAUAGCAUCUAUCCAGUUAACUUUGCUUUUUUUGUGGUGUCAUUUCAUAGUUUAAUACUUUAACCUUCUUUAGUGAGUUAAUCUGGAUAAAAUCAUUCUGACUUUCAAAUACCACAGAGAUACUUGACUGCGCGACACAUUUUAAAACUAGACCUGAACAGUAACCUCUGAUUGAAGUUUAGCAGCAGGACGACAGCUCAAACACUCCCCUUUCACUCAUGCGUCUAUAAACGACCUCCCUCUGUUUUUUUCAUGACUCCAGGGGACGUGCCGACCCUCAGUGAGGCCGACACCACUGUAGGCCUAAGUCUUUGCUCACCCUCCUCUGUAAACUUUGUCUAAUUGUGUUUCAGGGUGUAGUCCUUACUGGUGAAUUGACUGUCUAUUGACUGUGAGUAUCACUGAGAUUACACGAGCGUAACCACAUAUUCUUCUUAUAAUGUUUGAGCCUUUGAGGCCUUUAAACUCUUUACAGAUACCGUGUGUGACUCUGGAACAACCUCUGGAUCCAAAACCUAAUGUCAUGAAAACACACUAAAGUGAACAAAUGCUUUAUUCGAUUUGUUGCAGAAAGCCGAAACAUUUAAGACUGAUUCACAAUUUAGUCAUAGACGGAGCUGUAACUGUAACACACAUAUGUUAAUUAACACAACUUAAGAAAGGACUAGUCAUCACACAGUAGUCAGGAUAUGCAUUAUCCACAGAGUGAGCGUCACACAUUUGCAGCCAAAUUUAACAGUGUGAAAUAUUGUGAUACAGUGUCAGAUCCUGAUGAUUUGCAGGUAAUCAAACAGGAAAUGUCUCAGACAUGUUUUUCCCUUUGAUGUUAGCCUCAGACUGAUCUAUAAAACCUGCAGGAGCACUAAUACGGGCUGUGGUUUGAUUUUGUAGCAAGUUUUUAUGGAUUGCGUUGCCUUAAAAUAAGCAGAUGAGUUAGCUGACGAAGCUAGCCUGCUUUAAGAGUCAGUGACAACACUGACUUGUAAAUUUAAAAAAGAAAAAAAGAUGUUAUUCAGAAGCAAAAAUCUGACUGACUGCUGGGCCGUUGGGUGUUUGAGGUUUUGAUUUAAUGCUAAUUUGUGAUGGUGACAAAAUGCUGUGAAUGGAAACAGCUGAAAAACCCUUUUAAGUGUUACAUAGCGUGAACACGAAUAUAGGACCAAACAUGAUCAUUCCAUUUUGUUUAGUUUAACAGUUUUUACAAGCUAGGACAGAUAAAAUCAGCCGCUGCAGCCUCGCCGUGCGUGCACCGUCACAUAUUUGACCGUUCUCGUGUUUCCAAACACGAGGUGGCAUUUUGCAUUAACGUAAAACUUUGAAAGAAAAUACAGGCAGAGCAUACAGGCCGGUUUGAACAGACUGACUGUAAGUGGGGUUUUUUCCACCCUCUUGUCUGUUUACUAUGUGCCAAGGAACUCAGUGUUCAGCGAGCCUCAUUCAGCUUUCUCUCAUGUUUCGGGUUGUAUUUGACAGAUGUGGCCUUUGCAGACAUCCCACUUUUGACUUUUCCAAAACUGGCUGCACGAAAGCAACUUUAGAAGUGAGCCACAUCUGUAGUUACACCCAAACUCUUGCACUCUGUUUCACUGUAAGUUUGUAAGAAAUGAAACCAAUGCCUACAUCCAGAGCAUGUAUUUAUUGUAAACAGUAAACUAGAAUUGUGAUUUCUUUUCCCCCCAUGUAUGUACUGUGAAAUAUGAAGACUGUAUGUAAAGUACUUAUCAUUAUUCUAAUGUGACAUAUGUUGAAUAUACUUGUAACAUUAUUUUGUACAUAAAAUAUUUACGAAUCAAGGCAGCG